AUGGCUCAAGAGUUCAAGCUAAAGGAUGUCACUUCCUUACAAAUGAAGAAUGGAGAGAAGAAAGAGGUUGAAGUCGAGGGCGUUGAGGGAGGAAAGGUCCUUCUUUUGAAGGUACAGGAUCAAGUUCAUGCCACAAGUUCAAACUGCACACAUUACGGAGCUCCUUUGGUGAAGGGUGUAUUAACACCAGAGGGUCGUUUGACAUGCCCAUGGCACGGAGCCUGCUUCAAGGUCUCGACCGGAGAUGUUGAAGACGCACCCGCGCUCGAUCCCAUUGCGAAAUACGAAGUAAUCGAAAAGGACGGGGCCGUAUACGUCAAGACCACAGAGGAAGCAUUGAAGAACAACAGGAAGUUUUUGAACAUAAAGUGCUCGUCUGUGAGUGAGGACAAGGUGCUGGUCAUUGGAGGUGGUUCGGGCACCCUUGGUGCUAUUGAAGGUCUCCGAGGCGGUGGGUACAAUGGCAAGAUCACCGUUAUCUCUAAAGAAGGCUACCAGCCUAUCGACCGAACCAAGUUAUCAAAGGCACUGUUGGCCGACAUCUCAAAGGCGGCAUGGAGAUCGAAGGAAUUCUACAAGGAUGCGUCGAUUGACAUCAUUGAAGACGAGGCUAAGAGCGUAGACUUCUCAAGCAAGAAGGUCUCAACCAAGUCCGGAAAGGACUACGAAUACUCCAAGCUGGUGUUGGCCACUGGUGGUACACCAAGAUGGUUGCCACUCGACGGUUUGAAGGGUGAUCUGGGCAAUGUCUUCCUCCUUCGCACCCUACCCGACGCACAGAACAUCCUCAAGGCUGUUGGUGAAAACGGCAAGAAGGUCGUGGUGGUUGGUAGCUCGUUCAUCGGCAUGGAGGUUGGAAACUGCCUCGCCGGCAUGAAGAACGAUGUCACCAUCAUUGGUAUGGAGGAGGAACCAAUGGAGCGCGUAAUGGGCAAGAAGGUCGGCGCAAUCUUCCGCGGUCUUCUCGAGAAGAACGGCGUCAAGUUCAAGAUGGGCGCCAGCGUUGAGAAGGCCACACCGUCAAAGAGCGAUUCUUCCAAGGUCGGUGCCGUUCAUCUCAAGGAUGGAACCACACUUGAGGCCGAUCUCGUUAUUGAAGGUGUUGGUGUUGCUCCUGCGACUGAGUACCUCAAGGACAACUCAAGUGUUACGCUUGAGAAAGAUGGAUCUUUGAAGACGAACGAUUCUUUUGAAGUCAACGGUCUGAAGGAUGUCUAUGCUAUUGGUGACAUCGCAACAUACCCCUACCAUGGUCCGGGAGGCGACGGCACACCAGUCCGGAUAGAACACUGGAACGUCGCACAAAACGCCGGCCGCUCAGUGGCCAAUACCAUCAACACUCCCGGAUCCAAAGCCAAGCCCUUUAUCCCUGUCUUCUGGUCUGCAUUGGGUUCGCAGCUGCGAUACUGCGGCAACACGGUCAACGGCUACGACGACGUGGUUCUGCAAGGCGAGCCGGAGAAGCCGUCAUUUGUCGCAUACUACACCAAGGGCGAGACUGUUGUUGCCGUAGCGAGUAUGAUGAAAGAUCCAUACAUGACCCAAGCAGCAGAGCUUAUGCGCAGGAACAAGAUGCCUGGCAAGAGUGAGCUGCAAAAGGGUGUUGACAUCCUAGAGGUUGGUCUCCCGAACGAGAUCAAGAUCUAA